CAGUACGUCUGCCGCUCGACCAUCUCCCAUCUUCAAAUUCCCGGCGCCCACAUCGCCUUUUCUGCCGGCUGUAAUCGUCGCAUGUGGCAACACAUCGUCCGCAACCGUCUUGACCUGACAACUGCUCCGUGGCGAAAGUGGCGCAGCGUGGCCUGUGAGAUGCAUCUUGUCAGGGAAGAUGGCUCCAGCUGGAGCGCGACGUGGAAUCGCGUUGUCCUCCGCAGGGUCUAG